AUGAGGGCCUCCACACUUGCCUUUGCGCUGUUUCAAGGCGCCAAUGCUUUCAACGCGGCCAAGUUGCGCGACUUUAACUUGCUCGCGGACAUGGGUCUCAACGCCGACGGCUCGGCCAUGGAUGAGGUGUCUGCCAACUCCUUCAUCAAGAGGCUCCGCGUCGGCACCCUGAAAAACGCCGCUACCGACCUAACUGUCAGGCAAGCUGCUCCCGAGACCAUCAGCGCUGAGUACGUUUCCUUGAAGCUGGAUCACUUUGGCAAGAGCAAGGACACCUACAACAACCGCUUCUGGGUUGCAGAAUCCGGGUACAAGGCCGGAGGCCCGGUCUUCAUCUACGAUGUGGGUGAGACAGAUGCUUCGAAGAGCUGGCAGUUCUGGUUGCAGAACGAGACGAGCUUCUUCAAGCAGAUUGUUGACCAAUUCGGUGGUAUUGGAGUUGUCUGGGAGCACCGCUUUUAUGGCAACUCGACACCUGCACCGAUCAAUCUUGACACUCCGGCGGAGACUUUCAAGUACCUCACAACUGAGCAGUCGCUUGCCGAUGUGGACCAGUUCGCCAAGCAGUUCAAGAGAAAGAACAUCAACGCCACCUUGACUCCUGACAAGACCCCGUGGAUCUUCAUCGGUGGCUCGUACCCGGCUAUGCGCGCCGCUUUCCUUCGCGACAAGUACCCCGACACCAUCUACGCCGGGUACGCUUCCUCUGCACCUGUUCAAUCGAGCCUUGACCAGUCCUUUUACUUUGAGCCUAUCUAUCGCGGUAUGAACAAGUACGGAUUCGGCAACUGCACUCAGGACAUCAAGGCCGCCAUCAAGUACAUUGACCACACCUUCGACACCGAUCGCUCUGCGGCUGCCAAGCUCAAGGAGCAGUUCUUCGGCAAGGGCGCCGCUUCCAACUCUCACGCCACCUUCGCCGAUGCCCUGACCACUAUCUUCUACCUGUGGCAGUCAUAUGGUGUGGAUGGCGGUACUGGAAGUCUCCGCAGCUUCUGUGACUACAUCGAGACCGACCCCAAGACCAACACAACCGCUCCUGCUGAGGGCUGGGCGAAGUCCAAGGGCGCAAAGUCCGUGGUCGACAGGUGGGCGAGCUGGGAGAUCUUCACCCUCGUCGUCAACAGCUAUCUGGAGACGGAAUGCUCCGGAAAGCAGAACGUCACUGGCACCUGCGAUCUCAACAAGCGUUUCACUGUCCCUGCCUCCAUCAGCUGGGCAUGGCAGUACUGCACGCAGUGGGGUUUCUUCCAGUCUGCAAACCUCGGUCCCAACCAGAUCGUCUCCAAGUACAACUCGCUCGAGCACCAGCGCGACAUCUGCCACCGCCAGUUCCCCAACGCCCCGCGCUCGCUGCUGCCCGACUGGCCCGAGACCGACCGCACCAACCGCGUCUUCGGCGGCUGGGACAUUCGCCCAAGCAACGUGUACUGGUCCGGCGGCGAGUUCGACCCUUGGCGCACGCUGUCGCCUCUCAGCUCCGAGUCUUUCGCGCCCAGGGUCAACGCCUUCACCGACGCGCCCAAGUGCGGUGUCGAGACGAGCAAGGAGGAUAUCUUCGGCUACACAAUGGCCGACGCGCAGCACGGCUACGACUUCAGGACAUACUUCCCCGGAGGCGCUAUUAGCAGGAAGUACUUCACUGAUGCGUUGAGUCAGUGGUUGAAGUGCUAUAAGCCCAAGGGCGGGUACGGAGGUGGCUACAAGUGGCGUGCAUAG